UCACUGCACAAUGUAUGUCAGUGUGGAAAUAUGGAUUUUGCUCUUUUUCUAUCCUGCGAACUUCUGCCAACAAGCGGUCGGCCUGGAGCAGGUUCUGUUACAGCGGCAGAAGAGGAUGUGGGUUCUAGGCAACAUCGAUAUCACUGAAGAAGAUGAGGGGCCUUUUCCCAAAACUGUCCUAGAAAUAAACAAUGACAAGACCCAAACACAGAAUAUCAUAUUUAAACUAGGUGGCAAUGGAGUUGAUAAAGGCUUGUUUUUCCUGAACAAAAUUUCAAACACAAUCAUGGUUUCGGGCAAAAUUGAUCGUGAGAAAACACCAGUAUUUGCAAUAUAUAUUCAUGCUAUCAGUGCAGAAUCUUCUGUGGAAGUAGAUCAAAUUCUGAAGUAUCAAGUUAAAGUGAAAGACAUCAAUGAUAAUCCACCAGUCUUCAAUCAAUCUGUGUAUAAAGUAGAAAUACCAGAAAAUAUUAGUAAGGAUUGUGAACAGUUGGGGCUUGAUCAACUGAUCACAGCCUUCCAACCUGAAUAUGCCUCAUUUAUUACUACUGAGGAGAAAUCUUACGUCCUGGUUGUGAAAGCAAGAGACAACGGCGAUGUUAUUCUCAGCAGCACUACAACAGUGCAGGUUAAUGUGGUGGCUGGUAACCACAACCGCCCUGUUUUUAAGAGAGCGGGCAAUUUUUUAGGUAAAGUAUAUGAAAACGAUGAGCACGUAUUUAUACUGCGACUGAGCAUUACUGACACUGACGUUCCACAUACAUCGGCGUGGAGAGCCAUCUAUAAAAUAAGAGAAGGAAAUGAAAAUGGGAAUUACAAGAUUGAAACAGAUGCAGAAACAAAUGAUGGCGUUCUCUCUCUAGUCAAGCAUUUAGAUGUGGAAGAUAGUCCAAGGAGGCAUCUGAAUAUCACUGUUGAAAAUGAAGAACCACUUUAUAUAUGUUCAGACAUGGUCAACCAACAAAUACCGGCACCAGACAGUAUCUCAGUCACCAUCAUAGUGCAUGAUGCCAAUAAACCACCUGCGAUCCACCCUUCAGAAGUGACAAUUCAACUAUAUGAAGGUCAGAAGAUAGAUUCUGACCUGGUGAAAUUUAAUGCGACUGAUGAAUCCACUCCGAAUAAAAUCAGGUUCAUAAACGCAUAUGAUCCAGAAAAUUGGGUCAUGAUAAAUGCAGAGACGGGGGUUGUUACAGCUUUACAUGAAAUGGACCGCGAGUCUCCUUAUGUAAAUGAAAGUACUUACAGAGUUAUUGUUCAUGCAAUUGAUGAUGCAAAGCCCCCUCUAACAGGCACUGCUACGCUGAAUAUUCUGCUGCUUGAUAUCAACGACAACAAUCCCUAUUUGGCUUCUACAUAUGAACAAAUGUGUGAUGAUGGGAAUAUUCAGCAUAUCAGCCUUGAAGCAAAAGAUGAUGACUUGGUUCCAAAUGGAGGACCAUUUGUGUUUGCACUUCUGGAUAAUGAACCGAACAUCAAGGACAAUUGGGAACUUCAACCAACGAUCGGUUAUUCUGUUAACCUUGUAAGAAAAAGGAAGAUUCCCAUUGGAAACUACAGCAUACCGCUAACCAUUCAGGACAGACAGGGUUUGGUCCAGAUGAACAGACUUCAUGUAUGGGUCUGUCCCUGUGUUGAUGGGAGGAUGUGUCCAGUUCAAGCACCACCGUCUGCUGCUUUAGGUGCAGUUGCUAUUGGGCUUCUCUUCGGAGCUUUACUGCUUCUGUUACUGGGCCUUUGCCUGAGUAUUUUAAUAGAAAAUAGAAAGUUUUUUCCCUUACCUGCUCAGUAUACCACUGGGGCAAUCGCAAACUAUGAUCAAGAGGGACCUUAUAUGGAUCUUAAAGAUCUUCAAAAUAAGCUGCCUAUGUUUGAAAAAUCAAUGUUUGAUGAAAAUGAUUACGAAAAAAAUACAGCAAAAACACUUGCAGGCAUUUCAUGUGUACCACCAGUCUCAUCUAUGCGCAUGAGCAGGGCAGGAGGAGAAGUCUUGAACAGAGAUACGACAGAGGAGCUGCUGUUAACUGGGAAUGGAACAUGGAGACAUAUCAACAUGGAUAAUUCAAGAGUUGGGGCCGUCAGGCACAAUGUAGAUAAUUUUACAAUUCUAAUGGACGUCGUAGGAAGUUACUUGAACCAGAAGCUGGAUGUAUACAAUGGCAUGGACACUGUUACUGAAUGUGAUCAGGUGACUGUUUAUAAGCACGAAGGUGAAGAAAGCAGAAGAGGAUCUUUGGAUUCACUUACGAUUGUUGGAAGUGACAGUGGAUACAGUUUUCUAGAUAAUUUGGAGACAGAUUUCACUCCACUGGCAAGGAUUUGUCAACAAAAAGGUCAAAACUAACUCGUGGUUGAACUUCACCGAAAAUUAAAAUGUUCUCAAAAUUAGCAAAGGU